UGCUGCAGUCCGCGCCCAGGAGCCUGGCGCGGGCGGUGCGUUGGGGUCUAUUGUCUCGGCGGCUCCCCCUCCCUCCUUCCUCCCUUUUCCCCGGCGGGAUUUUGCAUCUUCCAACGGGGGGGCUUGCAUUGUGAGCGCAGAAGCAUGGCCGAUGAGCAGGAGAUCAUGUGCAAACUCGAAAGCAUCAAGGAGAUCAGAAAUAAAACACUACAGAUGGAAAAGAUCAAAGCCCGCCUGAAGGCAGAAUUUGAGGCUCUGGAAUCUGAAGAAAGGCACCUGAAGGAGUAUAAACAGGAGAUGGAUCUCCUGCUGCAAGAAAAGAUGGCCCACGUGGAGGAACUGAGACUCAUCCAUGCUGACAUCAAUGUUAUGGAGAACACGAUCAAACAGUCUGAGAACGAUCUGAACAAACUCCUGGAAUCCACACGCCGCCUCCAUGAGGAAUACAAGCCUCUGAAAGAGCACGUGGAUGCUUUGAGGAUGACCCUGGGUUUGCAGAGGUUGCCUGAUUUGUGUGAAGAGGAAGAGAAACUUUCCCUUGAUUACUUUGAAAAGCAGAAAGCCGAAUGGCAGACGGAGCCGCAGGAACCUCCAAUCCCAGAAUCCUUGGCUGCAGCUGCAGCAGCCGCCCAACAGCUGCAGGUGGCUCGGAAACAGGAUACAAGGCAGACGGCAACUUUCAGACAACAGCCACCGCCUAUGAAGGCGUGCCUCUCCUGCCACCAACAGAUCCACCGGAACGCCCCCAUUUGUCCCCUUUGCAAAGCCAAAAGCCGUUCUCGCAAUCCGAAGAAACCCAAGAGGAAGCAAGACGAAUGAAAACGCCGCAGAACCGUCUCGCCCCGCCACUCCCCAAACCGGACACCUUUUCCUCCUUUUGCAGUAGACCUGUCAAGGUGAUCUAAAUUUGUUGGCGUGUGCCCCACCCUGAGUGUCACUUAAGCUUUCAUUCCAUUUAACGUGUCAGCGCAACUGUACGGUCGGUUGAGUGACGCUGGUUUCCAGCUAGUCUUGGAAUAGGCUGCUUUAAGAGCAGACGGUGCUACCUUGGGACUCUGCACAUGAGCAGGUGCUACACCAGCCUGACGGCAAAGGACACUGGGUACAGAGAAAACAACGGGUGGCUUGUCUCCUAUUUAACAGCAUGUCCUUCAUUAGCAAAUGGACCUAAAGCCCUUUUUUUAUUCAACUGAUCAGAGUCCCAUUGUUUCCAUGACCCGUUUAUUUUUUUAUCAUGACGGUAUUUUUGUACUGAGACUCUACUUUUCCAUUCAGUCUCCAGCGCUCGAGAGUCUUUUCAUACAGGUGUCAGGAUGUGUAAUGUUUACUUGGUUUCGUUCCUAGGUAUAACCAGUGGGGGGGGGGUGUCUUUAUUUUUCUUGGUAAGUCCUGUGCUAAAGGAAUUGGAGUUCUGCCUUACCUGUGCUUAUGGACCCAUUCUCGGGCCUGCAUAAAUCCUGCAAAAUUACAUUCUUCUAGUAUUUAGCAAGAUGGACUCCAAGUCCACCAGCACGGGAGAAGCACCAGGGAGCUCUGCAGAGAAUUGACUUCCCUCCUGGACAAGCUUUCAGGGGCAGAGAACUAGAUUUAACAGCAAGGGCUGAAGCAGGAAGGGGAAUUGAGCAGAGUUACAUCCUGCAUGUGGGCAAAGCUAGGAUAUUCCAUGUUUUCCUCUGUCUAUGGGUGAGGGAGAGAUUGCUUGGAUUUUUUUCCCCUUUGAAAGCUGCCACAGAAAAGCUGCAGUUUUCACAGGGGGGGUUAGUGGUGGUAGAACUGGACUUGGGGUCCAGGUUCAGGUCUCCACUUAAAUGUGGACCUCAGUGAUUUUGGGCCAGUCACUUUCCCUGUUUCACAGGUUUCUUGUAUAGUUAUAUUUAGGGAUGCCCUCCUCCCCCCUCACCCCACUCCAUGUAUGCUGCCCUGUGGAAAGCAGGGAUCUGUGUGCAAAAUGGUGUUUUGUUUUGGGGGUUUUCCUGAUUUGCAGCUUUUCUUACCAGCCACAAAAAAACAGGCCUUCAUCCCCCACUGCUUAGGGGCAUCUGUGGGGAGAAGAUGUCAAAAAGGUCAAGACAACGGAGUUUUAAUGGUGAGGGUCCAGCUGCCAUCUCGACAUAUUCGACCCUCCCAAGAUGCCCCUAACCCUGAUAAACACGAUCAGACUUCUGAAAUGUGUCCCUGUGACUUGAAGGGGCAACAACUUUUUUUUUAAGGGAGAAGAAAACCAAGGGUUUUUUUUAAAUGAUAUAGAGCAGUGUUUCUCAAACUUGGC